AUGGGUAUUAGCCGUGACCAUUGGCAUAAACGACGAAAGACCGGUGGUAAACGUCCACAACCACAUAAAAAACGAAAAUUCGAAUUAGGUCGACCAGCGGCUCUUACCAAAUUAGGUGCAAAACGUAUUCACACUGUUCGAACACGCGGUGAAGGUAUUGCCAAGAAAACUCGUGUCAUCGAUGUUAUGUAUCAUCCAUCGAAUAACGAAUUAGUACGUACGAAAACUUUAACAAAAUCAACCAUCGUACAAAUCGAUGCUGUGCCAUUCCGACAAUGGUAUGAAUCACACUAUGGCCUUCCACUCGGUCGUAAGAAAGGUGUGAAAUUAACCGAAGCUGAAGAAGCUGUUCUCAACCGUAAACGCUCUGCAAAAUCGCAAAAGAAACUCGCUGUUAAACAACGUCGUGCUAAAGUUGAACAAGGACUUGAAGAACAAUUUCAAGCCGGACGUGUUCUCGCUUGUGUUGCUUCUCGACCAGGUCAAUGUGGUCGAUGCGAUGGCUAUGUUCUCGAAGGCAAAGAACUCGAUUUCUACAUGAAAAAAAUCAAACAAAAGAAAUCGAAAUAA